AUGUGGGAUGGGGAAGACAAAGACAAAUUAAGUGAGGAAGAAAGUAACAAAAUUAUAGAAUCUAUCUCAAGACUUAAUGACAAUGUUGACAAGGAUAGAGUUGAUAUUGUCAAUUAUAUCCAAGUAGGCUCAACGCUUCUACUAUUAGUGAUUGUAGAUAAAUGCACAGCACAAUUAAUUGUUUACAAAGAGAAAGAACCACCCGAUGUGAAUGUAGUUAUAGAAGCGGAUAAUAUAUCUGAAUCACAGGUUGAAAAGUUGGCGCAAACAAUCGGGAAAGAAUUAUUUUCACUAUUUUCAGACCAACUAAGACUACAAAAACAUAGAUAUAAUGCCGUAGAUUACUUAUUAGAAGUAAAAGAGUGCAAUCAACUUUUAGAAAAAAUUAAUGAAAUGCUAAAUAAUAAAUCCGAAUUACAAGCAAAGUUAAUUAAAAUGCUAGAAUCCCAAAUAAAAGAAGAUACUAAGGCUAUUGAAGAGAUAAAGAGGAUUAGAGACGAGUUAGAAAAGACAGAAAAAGAAUUAGAAGAUACUAAGGAAGAUUUAAAAUCUAAACUAAAAAAAAUUGAAGAAAUGGAAAAGCAGAUGAAAGAAAUUAAGCAGGAAGGAACGGAGAACCCAGAUAUAAAAAAACAGCUGGAAGCUAUCCAAGUUGAUUUAAACAACUCGUAUGAUAAAUUAGUAAAGUAUGAAGUGAAUUUGAAUGAUACAGUUCUCCAAAAAGUAAAGCCACCAGUAAUGAUAGUGAAUAAAACAUUAAAUAAGUACACAAUGCAUACGCUAAGUUUAGGAACAGCAAUCAAUUAUGUAGGUGGUGUAGUAUCGACUUCUGGUUAUGGUGUAAUUGGUGGUGGCAUAACUUUAGGUGGUUCAUUUGUUGACACUAUCACUUCUAAAAUAGAAGAACUGGAUGAGAAAGGACAUGAAGCAUUAAUUGCAUUAGAAGAAACUUGCCAAAAAUUAAGGACUUUGGUUGAGCAAAAAAGUUUAAAUGUAAAACAUUUAAAAUUUUCGGAUUUUUCGGAAUUUUCAGAAUUGGUUAAUAAGUUGCAAAAUAAUAUCAUUAAAGGAGCUAAAGAAGCUAAAGGAGCCAAAGAAGUUGAGCUGGACAAAAUAAAUCAAAUUAAAGAAUUGAAAAAGAAAACGGAAGUUAUUGAUGAAAAGUUAAAAGCAUUAAUAAAAACUCAGCAAGAACAGUCAACCGAAACCAGUUCUUCAGAAUCUAGUCAAGAAUUAGAAGAUAAUAAUCGAUUUGGACUAGAUGAUAAUCGGUUUGGACUAGAUACCAGAACCAGUUACUCAAGCCUACUUGAUUUAAUUCCAAAUCCUUUUAAUAGUUAA